GCCGCGGUGUGCACAGUUCGUCAUCUACCGUCGUCGUCUUGUGAUGCGAAUAACGCGCUACAUUGUACCUACUAUCUAUUGUUAUUAUUAUUUCGCGACGAUGCUGUAGUGCGCCGGUGGUGCUGCGAAAUAAUAACAAUACAAUAUAUUAUAAUAUACUAAAUCGUUUGUUUUUUCAUUUUUUUUUCAUAUAUUUCAGUAGAGCAUCUCUACCGGUUUACCCGAAUUUCGGAAAAAUCAGUUGUACCUGCCGGUUUCGUUCGUUUUAUAAUCAGUGCAUUACGCAUUUCCUGAAAUUCCGACCGAACCGGCGAGAUAACAGCAAUUUAACCACGUCACAGCUUACAGCCGAUGUAGUUCCUAAACUUUAUUACUAUGGUAGUCCUAUGCAUUACGGUUCCGCCGCGCAGUCCUGUAUAACAAUAUUAUUAUUGCGCUAUCUUAUCGACAUUUGUAUUUUAAUGCUCUGCUGCGGCCCGACCACCGAUUUCGUUAUACCAUUAUCAUUGAACACAAAAAACGGACAGGUAUUUCGUUUUGGUGGUGCAUUAUGUCGUUGUUGUGGACGCCGUUGAGGUUGAUCGAGUCGGAGAAAAGGUCGUCGUCGUCGUCGUCGCCAUCGUUCUCCACCACCUCUACGAACACAGCCAUCACCGCCGCCGCCGUCGCUGCCGCAGCAGUGUCUCAACUCCAUCAUAACGUUCAGCCACCGUCGGAUCCAUUCAUAGCGUCUGUGCUCCAUUCCAGGCAGAAUCCACGGCCAGGUCGUUUGAUCUUGGAAAACGUCAACAACCGGCCGCAGACCAUGGACCGAGGUACGCAGGCAAACACGGACAGCCCCGCUGACGCGAUCACAGAAGCCCCGACCACCAGCAAUGGUCCGACUAACAACGAACUGUUCCGAAAGGCCAACAUUAGCGUUACAAAUCAAACAUUGAUGACCAAUGGUGGUGACAAUUCUUCAGUCGAUAGUCUGAAUAGUGCAGAUUCUGCAAAACGCGACAGUGAGGAAUCAGUAAUUGAACUUGCUGAGUUUCAUCAGCCAAUGAUUGCCAAGGACGAUUCUGAUGGACCUGUCAAUAUGAGCAAUGGUGAUGGAAAAUCUGGUGGUGCUGGAGGCAAACCUUCAAAUGGUAUUGUUAAGGAACACCCAGAUGAUGACGAUAUUGACAGAACUAGUUGUGGCAUGGAAUGUUUAUACUUUACCAUGCAAUGCUGCGAAUGUUCAAUAAUGUAAGGAAGCUAUUCCAUCCCUUACAGUUUAUUAUUGUUAGUUAUAAUUGAGUAACUAUAAUUAUACAUUACAAUACAAUUAUUAAAUUAAAAAUACAGCAAAUUACGCUGCUUAGUCACAUUUCAAAGUUCUAUUGAAUCCGUGAUUUUUAAAGGAAUUAAUUAAUUAAUCUAUGUAAUACAUUGUAUAAAAAUGAAAAUUAUAUUUUUAAAAAUGUAAUUUUUUGAUUACUAUAACUACUAGUAAUAUUGUGUUAAAGUUCCAUUCUGAGGAUUUGUUUUUGUUAUUUCCAAUAGGAAUAACUAAUUAUUUUCAACAAUUAUUGAUAAUUUGAUAUUACUUACAUGAUUCUUUUUGGUUAUUCAUUAUUAUCAUUUCAAAACUUUUUGCUCCUAAGAAGUACAAUAUAUCUGAAACUAACAAUUGUGCCAUUUUUUUUUUGUACUUUAUUAUAUUUUAAUAUACUUUGAGGAUCAUCAUAUCUUCCUGUUUGUGUGUAUAAAACACAGUGUCUACCAUGUAUAUAAAGAGUCUUAGCAUGAUACAAAUCAUUACUUAAUUUAAUUUUGCUCCUACUUGUGGAGAUUAAAUAAAGAAUGUUAUAACUAUUGAGCAACAAUCCAUAACCUAUAGUACAUAAUACUUGUCCCUGUUAAUUCUGAUAUUGUGUAUUCUGUAUGCUCUUUUUAUUUAAUAUACCUUAAUAAUAUAUAAUAGUAUAAAACAUAUUUGUACUCAGAUAAUAUUUUAAUAUUUAUGCGAGUACUUCGUGCACAUGUGGUUUAAAAUGUGUUAAUACUAUUGUCAAUCAAUUUUGUAAACAAUUUGGACCGAAAUGUGAUAAUAUUGUUGAGUGUCCAAAUAAAGCCUACCUUAAAAUUGUGUACAUAUAAAGGUAUUUUUUUUUUUUGUAU